UUCUGAAUACAAUGGCAAUAGUUUGAAUAUGGUGUGCAGCUUGAAAGAUCAAAUAGAUACCUGUUUCAUUUGGUUUCUUUAAUUAAUGUAUACUUGUUCCCUGGAUUUCCUGAAGAGCAUGACUGAAAUAACAGCCUUGCAGUUGUUUUCCAUUCAAAUCAGCAUUGAGUGAAUAAGAAUGAUCAGCAGGCUAUGAGCCUCCCUCUGUUGACAUGUGCUCAGCCCCAGGUUUUAGAAAGAAUGUUGGUGGCAAGUUCACCAGUUGCUGUACCAGGCUCUUCAGCCUUCCUCUUUCCCACUCAACCUACCUGGGGAAGAAAAGUCCAAAGACAAACUAAUUUCUAAGUGGAGCAUUCCAGCAGAGAUGGAAAGGCCUGAUAGGUGUGGAUCCCCUUGUUGAUCGGACUACUCUUUUGGCUAAAGCAAUCACUGUCGCUAUCCCCAAUAUGUAGAUGAAGUUUAUUAGAAGUUCUAAAGGUGGGUGUUGCCUGUUCCUUAUAAUUGUGCCUCUUAAAACAAGAAGCAGCAUUUGAAGCAAACUUUCAAGCAGGUUGGAAGCAGAAGCUGCAGGUCCCAGAGAGAUGGCAAAGGCAGCCGACUUCUCCGUUUUCAGCGUUUUGGUGACAGGAUCUGAUCGGGGGAUUGGCCUCGGUCUGGUGAAGAGGUUUCUGGAACUGCCCUGUCCACCCGAAUGGGUCUUUGCUACAACUCUUGAUCUGGAGAGAGAAGAAACCAAGGAGGUAAAAGAGUUGGCAGGCAAGCAUCCAAACCUGGUCUUGUUGCAACUAGAUGUCACUGUUCUUGAGAGCAUCCAGGCAGCUCUAAAAGAAGUGGAAAAGUGUGUUGAAGAAGCUGGGCUGACCCUCCUCAUCAACAAUGCUGGUCAUUGGUUCUUUGAAAAUCUAGAAAAUGAAAAUGCCAAGGAUAUGAGGACUCUAUAUUCAGUCAACACAAUUGGGCCUCUGCAAAUGAGUCAGGCCUUUCUGCCCCUGUUGAAGAAGGCAGCCCAGAGAAGUCCAAGGCAAGGGCUGAGCUGCAGCAAGGCCGCCAUUAUCAAUAUAUCCAGUGCCCUUGGCUCAGUGGAGGUUGUGCUUAUUUGGGAGAAAGCACAGGCAGUUUCAUACCGCUGCAGUAAGGCUGCUUUAAACAUGCUCACCAAGUGCCAGUCGCUUGAGUAUCCAGCCAAUGGGAUUCUGAGUGUCUGCAUCCAUCCAGGCUUGGUAAAUACACAUCGCAACCCAUAUCCGGAAAUCACCGUGGAAGAGAGCUCGAAAGGUAUCGUGACUGUGCUGUCCAUGCUUUCCGAAGAGGACAACGGGACCUUUCUGGAUUGGUUGGGUUGUCGAGUUCCCUGGUGAUCAUCUGUCCCACCCUAAUGCCAUUGGCACUUAAUACACUGAGAGGCGAUGGAGCCUCCAAUAAA